GAUCCGUUUCAGUAUCAUCAGCACCAGCAGCCUUUCUUCACUUGACCUUACGACUACAACACCACUACAUUCAUCAGCAAGCCUGACUUACAUCCAACCCAUCAAACAAUCUCAUCAACCACCUUCAACAACCACCACCCAAAACUCACACUCACACCUCACCCACCGCCAAUAUGCCCGCCCGUCAAGACGCCUACUCUGUCUCCAUCCCCACCUCUCCUCCUCCUCCUGCCAGCCUCGACGUCUACCAGCGCUCCAUGCACCAGCACACCAAGCGCCAGAUGGAACUCGCCAACCGCUCCUUCCACAGGCGAUCCGGCGAGCACCGCGGUUCCGUCACCUCCAACAUGACGAACGGCAGCAUCAGUCCCGCCGAGUCCCAAUAGACACGGCAUGCACAGCAACUACGGGAUGGCCGAGUCCAAUCUGUCUGAUCAGUCACGAUUCAGCCCUUUCCCAUGGUGGAAGAUGAGAAGAUGAGCACGGCCUCGCCCAACAUGCUGGGCUCCUGAUGAUCGUUUGCGCAAUCUGGGGAUACCCUCCUCCAGGUUCCACACCACUGGCGACGACUUCACUGUUGCCCCACCACCCUCAUCCCACUCUCAUGUUUGGGUCCUGUUUUUUACACCAUACCUUGCUUUUCCAUUUGCUUUUAGCAAUGCAUGGCGUUCCGGCUGUCUGGGUCAUGGCUGCUACGGAGAGAUAAAGUAGCAUUUGCCGCUAGGCGCGAUCACGAAUCGAUGAAACAUUUUUUAUCA